GCACAGUUAGAUAAAUCCAUACUAGAAAUACAUUGCCGGAGAUUCGCCAUUGCUCCUUCGUCAAUCCUCACUGAGAUUUCUCCGAAGAACGAUGGCCGUUUUACUUUCUCAAACUCAGGCACUCUUCCUCUCCGCCGGAAAAGGCAAACCAGUUUUCUCUCUGCAGAAUGCGGUGCCGAGUCAAACCAGAACCAAACUCUCCGCACUGGCUCACGCCUCUUGCUCUUUGAGUUUCAACUGUUCCGGCCAGAAAUCCUCUUUCGCCUACAAUCCUUUCAGAUUUUCUGUUCAGGAAAAGAGGAAAAGUAGGAGAGGGUCCGGUGCUGUUUGUUCUGCUGCGCCUCUCACUGUCCAGAAUCUUCAGUGGAUCUCCGCCAUUGCUAACGCGAUUUUGAUGAUUGUGAGAGGCACUUCAAUUCACAAGUCCUUUCUUGUUCCACUGUUCGCCCUUCAGGCUCCUGUUUCCAUCAUCUCAUGGAUUAAGGGGGAAUAUGGUCUUUGGUCUGCAUUCUUGGCACUUCUUGUUCGACUCUUCUUCCAUAUUCCUGGUAUGGUUUCCAUUACAAAAUAUUUAAGUGAAUAGUAUAUGAGAAACGGGAAAAUCAGGAACUACCAGAACGUGCAAUCACAGCCAUUCAAUAUGUGGGAUAUUGUGUGAGUCCCAACUCUAUCACAUCCAACAUGUGGCUAUUAUUGGACGUCCUAACAUUAACGUCCUACUUUUCCCUUUUGACCUUUUCCCAUGAUAGAGUAUGGGGAAUAAUUUAUGUAGUUAACCCCAACUGAUGGUUUUGUCAAGUUGAGUUAGUAAUGAUCUGUCACUUUCUCCAUGGGUAUGGGGAAAGAUUAUCAUUAAAUGAAGUUUGCUAAAUUAAAGAUUAAAAAUAAAUCUGAAGACAAGAAUUUGAGUAAGCAUGCAUUUAGGAGAAAAGAUGAUUGCUUUAGCAGCCGCUUUCUAGAGUAAUCAACAAAAGUCAAUAACUCUCUCUCAAAAACCUCUGCCCAAACUGUACACUUAACCAUGACUUUUUGAUAUUUUGCAAUUGAAAAACUAAAUUCUGGUGUUUCAAAUGGUGUCUUUUGCUUCUAGGUGAACUUGAGUUGCCAUUUCUAGCAUUACUUUUGGUGAUUGUGGCACCUCAUCAGGUUAUGAACUUAAGGGAAACACAGAGAGGUGCCAUUAUUUCCAUGAUUGUUGCUGCAUAUUUGGCUUUCCAGCAUUUCUCACGAAUAGGCAGAUUGCAAAAUGCAUUUGACCAAGGUUCAAUUAUUCCAACCAUAGCUAUCAUUUGUGUCACUGCAGUUUCACUGUUUCUUUUGAUUUGAAUAAAAUGAAAAUCACUAAUCUGUCUAUUUUUAUGUUAAUUGUCUGUAAAUUAUUUAAUGCAAGUGAAGUCAGACAAAAUAAGAGUAUCAUAAUUCUCACAGCAUUUGUUAUCCUUUUGUUGAUAAACUUUUGAACAAUUAAAUAAAAGAGGAAAAAUAAA